ACCAUGAUGAGUGAAAGGAAUUCCGAAUUUCCUCUUCUUUCCAACAACAUCGAAAAGGGAUCAUGGAAUCCUGAAGAUUGCGAUAAGGGAUGUUGCGAUAUAGGUGAGGUUAUUGAAGAGACAAAGAAGCAACUAGAAUUAGCAGGACCUUUGGUUCUUGUGAGUUUUUUGCAGUACUUUUUACAGAUGAUAUCGAUCAUGUUUGUCGGUCGUCUUGGAGAGCUUUCUCUUUCAAGUGCAACUUUAGCCACUUCUUUUGCUGGUGUAACUGGCUUCAGCUUCAUGCUGGGAACGGGAAGUGCAUUGGAGACAUUAUGCGGACAAGCUUAUGGGGCAAAACAGUAUCAUAUGCUUGGGAUACAUAUGCAAAGAGGAAUGCUUGUAUUGUUGGCUAUUAGCAUACCUAUAUCGAUUAUAUGGACAUUCGCGGGGCAUAUAUUUGCUUUUUGUGGACAAGACAUGGAAGUUUCAGUACAUGCCGGAUUAUAUGCUCGUUGGUUGAUUCCCAGCAUUUUUCCUUAUGGACUCCUUCAAUGCCAACUUAGAUUCCUGCAAACACAAAGCAGACUUAAACCACUUGUGUUCAGCACUUGUUUUACGAGUUUAAUUCAUGCGUUGCUCUGUUGGACACUGGUUUUCAGAUUGGGAAUGGGAAACAAAGGAGCUGCGCUCUGUAAUGCUAUAUCUUAUUGGAUCAAUGUGCUGAUUUUGGCGCUUUAUAUAAGGUUUGCGUCAUCCUGCAAGGAAACAUGGACAGGGUUCUCCAAGGAGGGUGCAAGAAACCUUCUCAGUUUUCUAUCAUUAGCUAUUCCGUCAGCACUUAUGGUCUGCUUGGAGCAAUGGGCAUAUGAGUUUCUGGUGUUCAUGUCGGGGUUGCUUCCUAAUCCAAAGCUCGAGACAUCUAUGAUGGCGAUCAGCCUAAGUAUCAGUUCUCUGGUGUUCAGGAUUCCCUUUGGAUUUGGUAGUGCAGUAAGUACGCGGGUAUCAAAUGAAUUGGGGGCAGGGAAACCUAAAGCAGCCAAGUUAGCAGCACGUGUCGUCUUACUUCUGGCGGUGGUAGAGGGCCUAUUACUAAGUGGAAUAGCAGUUGCAGCAAGAAAUGUAUGGGGACAUAUAUACACUAACGAAGAUGAAGUAGUAAAAUAUCUGUCCACGAUUAUGCCAGUGCUUGCAUUGUCCAAUUUCAUGGAUGGAAUCCAAGGGGUUCUUUCAGGUACUGCUAGAGGAUGUGGUUGGCAGAAACUUGGUGCACAAGUCAAUCUAGGAGCCUAUUAUCUUGUUGGACUUCCUUGUGCAGUCAUUUUAACCUUUGUCUUCCACCUUGGAGGAAAGGGUCUUUGGACAGGGAUUAUAAGUGGCAGUGGUUUUCAAGCAUUACUUCUUCUACUUAUUACGUUGCGCACAAAUUGGGAGCUUCAGGCAACGAAGGUCAUGCAUGCGUAG